AAAAAGUACAUCAGUCAGUUUGUUUGUGCAGGUAGUUCUGCGCCCAGGCAGCAGCGUGGCUCUUCAUACGUUCCACACACCUGGACACAAGUCCAAUAGAGGCGACUGUAAGCUCGGUUUUCUCUUGAAGUUCAAGGGCGGACGAACAACACCAAAAAACAUGUUUUUUUUAGCUCUUUGCUCCACGCCCAAGGCGAACUUUGCUCCUCUCGAAUAAGCGAGCUUACAGCCCUCUACCUUGGGCUUACAGCUAUACCACACAACAAACCGCAUCCGAAUCGCGUCAGCCAAUCACGAGAUCUACAUGUCUGAAAACGGCCCCUCCAGUGGGGCUGCAGCGCCCACACCAGCAGGCCCUCCCAAAAAAAAAAAUCGAGGCCCUCCCAAAAAAAAAAAUCGAGGUCCGCGCCGUUCGGCAGCAAGAGGCGCGCUGCGCGAAAGCUGCAUCAAAACAAAACGAAGUUUGAAGAGAGGACGGGGCAGUGUAUGGUUGCCGCGUCAGCAGAAGAUAACACGCGGCGCGCUAUCGAACGCGGCAGCCUCACCGUCGUAGAGAGAACGCUGAAGGAAACGAGGGAGGAGUUGGUCAAAAGUAAGAAAAUUGUGGAAGAGAGCCAGGCUCAACCUCGCUGCCGCCGCCGCCGCUGCGGCGGCGGCAGGUGUCUGCGUGGCUUCACCGCCCGGCUGCUGCUCGGGUGUCUCAUGAGGCGUGUGUUCUAGAGUGGGACCGCGCAAAGGUGUUGUGCUGUGUCCCACAGCAGGGCACAUCAGAGCACACACGCGAGCGGCGCCCUCGCGCGUGCGCGUCAGGUGUUUUUAGUGAGCUUUCGGACCGUUUCGUCCAAUUUUGUUGGUCAGUCGAUUUUCCAUCAGGAAGAUCCGAGGCCACUUUUUCAAUUUUUUUCCUGUAGGAAAUUUGCUGCUUUGAC